CUCAAAUUUGCUGGCAACCUCUGAUACGCCCCAAGGCAGCUGCUCAACAUGGCCAGUCUAUCUGGCCUUCAGGCCAUCACCCCCGUACCUACAUCCUCCGAGUUCAUCGACAUUGUUCUCAAUGCGACGAUGCGCAAGACCCCCACAGUGAUUCAUAAGAAUUUUAAGAUCUCGCGUAUCAGAAGCUUCUACAUGCGGAAGGUCAAGUUCACCCAAGACAUGUUCGACGAAAAGCUCGGCAAGAUCAUCUCGGAGUUCCCUGUCCUUGACAACCUCCACCCUUUCCUUAGCUCUCUUCUCAACGUCCUGUAUGACAAAAAUCACUACAAAAUCGCCCUCGGCCAGCUCAAUACGUGCCGGCACCUCAUCUCUCAAGUGGCGAAGGACUACUGUCGUCUGCUCAAAUUUGGCGACUCCCUCUACCGGUGUAAGCAACUCAAGCGUGCUGCUCUGGGUCGUAUGGCGACCAUCAUGAAGAGACAAAAGGACCCACUCGCAUAUUUAGAGCAAGUUCGGCAACACAUCAGCCGUUUACCGGCCAUCGACCCGAACACACGGACGCUGUUGAUCUGUGGAUACCCGAAUGUGGGCAAGAGCAGUUUCAUCAACAAGAUUACCAGAGCGGAUGUGGAUGUUCAGCCAUAUGCCUUCACCACUAAAUCCCUUUUCGUCGGUCACAUGGAUUACCGUUAUCUUCGAUGGCAAGUCAUCGACACCCCCGGUGUUCUCGACCACCCUCUGGAAGAGAUGAACACCAUCGAGAUGCAGUCUAUCACCGCUCUCGCUCACUUACGAAGUGCGGUACUAUAUUUUAUGGACCUCUCCGAGCAGUGUGGUUACUCCGUCGAAGCACAGUGCAAGCUUUUUCAUUCUAUCAAACCGCUUUUCCAAAACAAACCCACUUUACUGGUCAUAAACAAGAUUGACAUCGUCCGUCUAUCAGAUCUCACUCCUGAGAAUCGAGAAUUUCUUGACAGCAUCCUCUCCGACAAAUCCGUCACGGUGGUGGAGACAUCGACCUACACUGAGGAGGGUGUUAUUGAUGUCCGAAACAAGGCUUGUGACAUUCUCCUGGCCCACAGAGUAGAACAGAAGAUGCGGGGUACCCGAAUAGAUCACGUGGCGAACAAGAUCCACAUUGCCAUGCCGCAAAAGAGGGAUGAUGUAGAGAGGACACCAUUCAUUCCAGAUUCGGCGAAGAAUAGAGUCAAGUACGAUAAAACUGAUCCUGAUCGCCGUCGCUUGGAAAGGGACGAGGAGCAAGAGAUCGAGAAUAUGCGCAUCUUCACUCAGGAUCUCAAGAAGAAUUAUCUACUUGCGGACGAUUCAUGGAAAUACGAUGUCGUGCCGGAAAUUUGGCAAGGAAAGAAUGUGGCCGACUUCAUCGACCCGGAUAUCGAGGCCAAACUGGAUGCGUUGGAGCGCGAAGAAGAAAGGCUGGAGGCGGAGGGCUUCUACGCAUCUGACGAUGAGGACAUCAUUGACUCGGAUGAGGAAGACUUCCGUGCCGCCGCGAAGCAAGUCAGCGAACGAAAAGCCGUGGUUAAGAAGAUGUCGCAGGAUAAGAACAAGCUUCAGAACCGACCAAUCAUACCUCGGAAGAAACGACAUGUCACCUUGUCUGAGAUGACUAAUGGAAUGCGCAAGUCUGGUAUUGAUCCUGCUCGCUUGGAGAAACGUGCGGAGAGAUUAUUGACACAAAAGCGAGAGGCGUGGGAGGCAAAAGAGCAAAAUGACACAGGAAUGGACCAAGACGGAGAUGUCGAAAUGGACUCGCAAGUGCCUUCGAAGGGUAAACGAGCUCUCACUUCGGCUCGUGGUCCCCGUGCACACAGACAGUACGCCGGUCUGGCGACACAGGGACAAAGCGAAAAAGCUGUCGAGCUUCGUAAAUUCGCUCAGAGGACGCCAAACAGAUUGGCCAAAGCCAGCGAGAGUGAUAGACAUGUACCUAUCACGAAGCCGAAGUGGUUGUUGGCUGGUAAACGCAAGGGCGGAAAGACGGACAGGCGGUAGUCGUUUAGAUGAGUUGAGUUGUAGAUAUUACAUUGGUCAUCAUGUAGUUAGUGAGCAUCA